CCCUGUAUUAAAGGUAACAGGUAAUUUUUGGGAUUGAAUUUCAAUUUCAUAGGGUUCAGUCAUUCCUUCACUUGCGGUUAUUUUUUUUAACGUCGUCUGUAUUUACUGAGGGACAAUGAACAGUCAGAUCGACAGAUUACCUGCAGAUGUGCCGAUCUCCCAUGAUCCCGGUGACAGGGAAGAAGAAGAUAAAUCUUUUGAAGUGCUAAGUGCGAACAUCUGUACAGAAAUCAUUCCACCUGAUACAUGCCAUGAUUGUAAACAUACGACAUCAGUUGAAGAUCAAGAAGAAUCAUUUUCUACAAGAAAGCUUUCGAUCAAAGUGAUUGCACAGCCUGAAGAGCGCCAGUCUUCACCGAUAAUCUCUGAGCGAGUAACUUUGCAGCGGACUUCGUCGUGGCAAGGAGAUAUAGACAGAAGGACAAAGAUAUUCGAAAGUUGCAAAGUGAAAAGUCCAAUUGAUAUUGCAGAAAGUCCUACAAUGACGACAAAGAAUCAUUUCUCAUCGAUCAACGAUGCUUUAGAAGAGAUGAAAAAAGAUGCUGGGAAAAAAUUUGAUUCCAUUACAAGACACCAGACCGUACCUGAUCCUUUUCAAUUUCCACAUAGGCCAAUUGAGCAAAUAACAUUGCUGAAUAGCGAAGUCGAGCUAGAAAGACAAUCGGCGAAAAGAAAACAAACAUUGAAGAGGCCUUUGAAUUCAGAAGGUGAUAAUUCAACCCUCGAAUUGAACAAUGAGCCGCGAGAAGCAAAGCUAAGGCAAACAUCUUUGCCGGAAUUCCACAAACUCUCGUUUGAAGGGGAAAAUGUAUCUGGGGUCCCUACUGAUGAGCUGCGCCAAGCCUCUCAACUUCUUUGUGAAGCAUUAUUUAUCAGAGCCAAGUACAUGGCAUUAAGCAUGCAGAAUUUCUGCCCAACCACUGCCAAAUGCAUUCAAGAAGUCAGCAAGGAUUACAAUCUUAGCAGUUUGUUAGAUAAAAAGGAAGACAGCAACUGUAUAAAUGAUAGAGUGAUGUGUGCAUUUCAAGAGUCAGAGCAUUUAAAAGCUGAUGGAUCCAAAUGGAUGCCAUUUCAUGGAGAAAUACCAGGUGACAGUGGCUAUACAUUUGAGAUGGUUGAUGGCGUGUUUCAAGUGACAGGGUGUAGAAGAAGUAUUGAUGGUGAGCCUAAUAAAAAACAGAAGCCUGUUAUCCACCCAUUUCCGUGCAUUGAGGAAUUCUUGGAUGAUCAAAAUGUUCUCUUAGCUCUAUCAACUCAUGGCCCAGUGAAAUCAUUUUCAUAUAGAAGGCUGCAGUUCUUGGAGUCAAAGUUCAAGCUACAUAUUUUGUUAAAUGAAAUGAAAGAGCUUGCUGCUCAAAAAGACAUCCCCCAUAGAGAUUUUUAUAAUGUCAGAAAGGUUGACACUCACGUACAUGCAGCCUCCUGUAUGAACCAAAAGCAUUUGCUUAGGUUCAUCAAAAAGAAAGCAAAAAAAUUUGGUGAUGAGGUUGUUUUUAAAAAGACUGAUCAGGCCCAAACGUUAAAUGAUGUGUUUAAGGUGCUGGAUCUCUCUCCUUACGACCUAAGUGUUGACAGCCUGGAUGUCCAUGCGGAUCGCAACACGUUCCAUCGUUUUGAUAAGUUCAAUUCAAAGUACAACCCUGUUGGCCAGAGUCACCUUCGUGAAGUCUUUCUCAAGACGGAUAACUUCAUCAAAGGGAAAUACUUUGCGGAACUGAUCAAGGAAGUUGGUUCUGAUCUGGAAGAGAGUAAAUACCAGAUGGCAGAGCUCCGGAUUUCUAUUUAUGGACGAAGCAAAGAUGAAUGGGACAAAUUGGCAAAAUGGGCGGUAAAGCACGAUGUUUAUUCCUACAACAUUCGUUGGCUAAUUCAGAUUCCACGAUUGUAUGACAUCUACCGUUCCAAGAACCAAAUUCAGAACUUCGAGCAAAUUCUGGACAAUCUUUUCCGGCCGCUUUUUGAGGUUACUGUCAAUCCACAGUCUCACCCAGAACUUCACAAAUUCCUUGCCCAGGUGAUUGGAUUCGACAGCGUUGAUGAUGAAAGCAAACCGGAAGACAUAAUGUUUAACAAAUUCUGCCCGAAGCCUGCCUCAUGGGUGGCACAGAGCAAUCCUCCAUAUGCUUACUAUCUCUAUUACAUUUACUCAAAUAUGGUCGUGCUAAACCAUCUCAGACGUGAGAGGGGCUUCAACAUCUUCAACCUUCGUCCACAUUGUGGUGAGGCAGGCCCAGUUCACCAUCUUGUCACCGCAUUUAUGCUCGCUGAAAACAUUUCACAUGGACUUCUACUCCGAAAGAUUCCAGCACUGCAAUACCUCUACUACCUUGCACAAAUUGGCAUCGCAAUGUCACCACUAAGCAACAACUCACUGUUUCUGAACUACCAUCGCAACCCACUUCCGGAAUAUCACGCAAGAGGCCUACUUGUUUCCAUAUCCACCGAUGAUCCGUUGCAGUUCCAUUUCACAAAGGAACCCUUGAUGGAAGAGUACAGCAUUGUGGCGCAGGUUUGGAAGUUCAGUCAAACCGAUAUGUGUGAACUUGCCCGAAACAGCGUCUUAAUGAGUGGCUUUGAGCAAAAGGUAAAGCAACAUUGGCUAGGUGAGCAUUUGCAAGAGCAAGGGCAUUUUGGGAACGAUAUUGCGAAGACAAAUGUCCCGGAUAUUCGUGUGUCAUUCCGUCAUGAAACCUUACUGGAAGAGCUCAGAAUUCUGGAGUCUGGGGCCAAAGAUGCCCAAAGUCCUAAGUAGUUGCUAGAUUCGUGUAAAUUAUAUCAAUAGGUUGAACAUUUAUGGUUUGGGAGCGGUUAUUGAAUAUUAGGAUUUAUGUUUUAGGCUAGAGUAAUACGUUAAGAGUUUAUCGGGCUUAUAGAAUCAUGAAAUGUAACAAGUAUAUACAUAUACAUUUGUUUAUGUCAAGUAUGUUGUUAUAAAAAGAAAAUUUGUAUUGCUAGUUCUAGGAAUGCAUUAAAUUUAAUUUUGAAUUUCUCAUCUUCUCAUUCUGGAUUAAUUAAGAAACGGUAGUACUGGAUUAAUGUUUUCUUAAAUGUAAAGCACGAGUAACUGGGUUGCAAGAAAAGGUGGAAGGCAAGCUGAAUACAGAAUUGUGAAAGGUUAUUUUGAUGAGAACUUCCCCUGUUACAAGUUUAACUAUGACGGGUUUCUUAUUAUAUUGUUGAAAGACAAUAAAAAUUUAUCUUAAAGCCUUUAAUGAUGAAUUAUGUUAAUUAUGAAUUAUAUGUUAUAUUAUUAACUGGUUGUAUUAGCGAA